AUGGUUCUGGGUCACCACUCUUUAACCCGCCAGCGGCGGUCGUCCCUGUGCAGCCUGUCCUCACCCAAUUCAUUUCUGGACGCCGACCAGGCCGCACCGAUUUCAUCACCGGCAACAUCAUCCACGACAAUCACUGAGGCACUGACGAAGAAGGUCUCAUUCGAAGCUCCGUACACCCUGCUCUCGGACAGGCAUCGGGCAACGAUACAAGCACACAAACCGCUCUCGAGAAAGUUCCUCCGGCUGCCGUUGCCCGCGGCGAAACACGUCAAUCCCGCAUGGGGCCGAUUUUCCGGGAAUGAGUGGGUUACGGUGAUGGGUUGUGGCGCCAUUGUGCUUUUCUGUCCGCUGCUGGCCCUCCUCGCGUGUAUAUGUCUGAAGCAUUUUGACGGCGGAUUGCUGCCGACGUUGUGGGCCUUCAUGACGACGCAUCCGGUGGAAUUCAUCGUCAACUAUGCCCCCCGGCCCACCGCUGGCGCCUCGGCCGCCUACGGCGGCUGGCUGCUAUUGCAGGCGGCGCUGUAUGCGUGGUUGCCCAGUCCCAUUGGGUAUGGACAACGUACGCCCGCCGGACAUCUUCUGCCGUAUCGUGUGAACGGUAUCCACGCCUGGGUCGUUACGCACGCGAUUGCCGUGGUGGCGGCUUACGCUGGAGUGUUGGACCCGGCCGUAAUUGCAAAGAAUUGGGAGGGGUUGCUGGUCGCGGCGAACGUCUACGGCUAUCUUCUUGCCGUGAUGGCUUAUUUGAAAGCGCACUUGUUUCCGACCCACGAGGCGGACAGAAAAUUCAGUGGUGAGUUUUCCCCGAGUCAGAAAACCUGAGCUUCCGUCGCUCCUCUCUUUUUUCUUGGGGUUGAAGAGGAAAAAACGGCGAAUUGAUCGCUUUUAGGCUCCAUACUUUACGACUUUUACAUGGGGAUCGAGUUGAACCCUAGGUUCGGUGAAUGGUGGGAUUUCAAAUUAUUCCACAAUGGGCGACCGGGGAUCGUUGCCUGGACCCUGAUGUGAGCUUGGACCCUCCCCACCCACUGCUUUCUUUUGUGAAAAUUUCCCGGAAAACGGGGCUCCCGGGCGCUUGAUGAGUGUUGUGCUUACCUUGUCCUUAGCAACCUCUCAUUCGCCGCUUGGCAGUUCCAAUUGCACGGAUACAUUUCCAACUCUAUGAUUAUUGUCAACAUCCUUCACGCCUUUUAUGUCGUGGACUUUUUCGUGAACGAGGAUUGGUAUCUGCGCACUAUUGAUAUCUGUCAUGAUCACUACGGAUUUUACCUCGCGUGGGGGAGUAUGGUCUGGCUGCCCGGGACGUACACUCUGCAAGCGCAGUAUCUGGCACGGUACCCGGUUAAUCUGUCGACGCCGGUCGCGGCCGCGAUACUCCUGAUCGGUAUCUCGGGGUAUGUCGUUUUCCGCAGCGUGAAUUAUCAGAAAGAUGUUGUCCGAAGAACCAACGGGGAGUGUAAGAUAUGGGGGAAGCAGGCGGAGGUGAUACGCACCACAUACAGGACUGGGGACGGAAAAACCCACGAAUCAUUACUCCUUUGCUCGGGUGCGUACCCUAAUUUCUUCCCACAACAUUCCCGUCCCGCCCGGUGGCACAAAGCUGACCCGCGUAUUGCAGGAUGGUGGGGAAUCGUUCGUCACGCGAAUUACUUGGGGGAUUUGGUCCUUUCGUACAGCGGGUGCGCGGUGUGCGGGGUGCAUAAUAUCCUGCCCUGGUGGUACGCAGUUUUCAUGACGACCCUACUUCUUCAACGGUGCGUGAGGGAUCACUCGCGGUGCUUAGGGAAAUACGGGGAGGAUUGGGAAAAGUAUUGCGGAAGGGUGAAAUGGAAGUUGAUUCCGGGCGUUUAUUAG